CAUCACUGUUGAGUUGAGAGCCCACCAUCCUCUUACCUCUCUUUCCUCUCCCCUUCCUUUUUUCCCCCUUCUCUUCUUCUCCAUUUCUUUCUUCCUUUCAAACAAACGUCAGGCCGGUCAAUCUCACACUUCCCCAUUUUCCUCUCUUUUGUUUCUCCUUCCCUAGUUUCCAAUUCGAUUUCUUGCUGUUCUGCAACAAUUUCCCUCCACCUUCCUCUCCCUUAUCCGCCAACUCUUUUCUUUCUUCUCUGCCCACCAUCUAAUUCUGGACUGAAGUGGAAUUGAACUCAAAAGCUCAAUUCUUUGCUCUUCCCAGCUCCUCUUGUUAAGUGGGUUGGUGUUCUUCUGCGAUUUUGUUAUCUGGGUGCGGGUGGAUUCGUUGAGCUUUAAGGAAAGGGUUGCAAGUUUGGAGCUUUGAAUUUGAUUCUAUCUGCUGCAUCAAGUGGGGUUUGUUGGUUGCAAUGUCAGUUCGAUGAGUAAUCAAUCGAAGGGAUAUAAUUAAAAUUUUCAGGGGGCGGCUGCUGGGAUUUGACUUGAGGUUUUUGGCCUGGAGACUGACUUGAAUUCAGGUCCCUUGGUAAUCUUCGAAGAUUGAGUUUUCCGUGUGGAAGUUUGCAGAAUUCUUUGGUUUGAUUUCCUAAGUCCAUAUGGGCAGCUCCGGAUUUAUGGUUUCUUCAGUUGUUUCUUCCUUAGUUUUGGUCGUCACAUGUUGAAACUAGCGAUGUCCUCAAUAUGUUAAGAUCAUUAUCAAAGAUUUGUUAUGGAGAGAUUCAUUUCAUUAAGAGUGAUGGUCACCAUAUUGAGCCUAUUGUUAGCUCUACAGUUUCAACAGAUAUAUGCCUCUGGGUCUAAUGGGAUUCAGUCAAGGGUUUGUGGUGCUGAUCGCAUUUCAUAUUCAAAUAGUGUGGAUGAUGGAGUUUUCCUCAUUAAUGGAAGUGUUGUAGAGAUAGAUUCACUAUGCAAGGCCCUCCGUUUUCACAUAGCGAAUGGCUGCAUCCCUGCCGAAGACUACCUCGUUAGCCUCUGUCAAUCGGGGUCCUCAUUAGGUAACUCACAUCACAAGCCAGCAAGAAAACUUCUACAAAAGGAGUUCAAGGAAGAAGUAGCCAAAGAACAGAAGGCAAAAGAUCCCAGUAAUGCUCUUUCCUCCAAGCACAUUGGGAUAAUAGCAACUGGAAUUGUUGCGAUGUGUUGUGGUGUGCUCUGCCCCUGUAUAUACAAGAGAAGGAAGGCUACUUCCCACACCGUUCUUUCCAAGGAUCAAGUUUCAACGGAAUCAGUUAAUUCCUUUGAUGCGCCGCCUUCUGUUCAUGAUAAAGUGCCUGCUAGUCCACUUCGCGUGCCUCCGAGUCCUUCUAGAUUCUCACCGUCCCCUAAACUUUCUAGACUUGGGUCAGUUCAUCUCAGCCCUAGUCAAGUCGCCAGAGCUACACGUAAUUUCUCUCAGUCACUGAAGGUAGGUGAAGGAGGUUUUGGAACUGUGUAUAAAGCUCACCUUGAUGAUGGGCAAAUAGUUGCCAUUAAAAGAGCUAAAAAGGAACACUUUGAAAACUUGCGAACAGAAUUCAGCAGCGAGGUUGAUCUUCUGGCAAAAAUUGAUCACCGAAAUCUGGUGAAGUUACUUGGUUAUGUCGAUAAAGGACACGAGCGCCUUAUCAUCACAGAGUUUGUUCCAAAUGGCACCCUCAGAGAACACUUGGAUGGUCAGCGUGGGAAAAUUCUGGACUUCAAUCAACGGCUUGAGAUAGCCAUCGAUAUUGCCCAUGCUCUUACUUAUCUCCAUCUAUAUUCAGAGAAACAAAUCAUCCAUCGAGACGUGAAAUCGUCUAACAUUCUUCUGACGGAAAGCAUGAGAGCCAAAGUUGCUGACUUUGGAUUCGCGAGGUUGGGUCCGGUGGACUCUGACCAAACUCAUAUCUCCACCAAAGUCAAAGGCACGGUGGGAUACCUCGAUCCUGAAUACAUGAAGACAUAUCAGCUCACCCCUAAGAGCGACGUGUACUCAUUUGGGAUACUACUCUUAGAAAUCCUCACAGGCCGUCGUCCUGUGGAGCUAAAGAGACCUGCUCCAGAGCGAGUGACUCUUAGAUGGGUAAAUCUUCUUUUUAGCUCGAACGAAUCAAGUUUCCUUGAAACCUUGUGAGUUCUGACGAAUCAAUGUGUUGAAGGUUUGAACUACUCAUUUUGCAGGCAUUCAAGAAGUACAACGACAAUGCUGUGGUGGAGAUGGUGGAUCCUUUGAUGGAGGAAGUUGUGGACGCUGGCAUAUUGAGAAAGAUGGCGACUUUGGCGAUUCGAUGUGCAGCUCCCGUUAGGCAUGAGAGGCCUGAUAUGAAAGCUGUGGGAGAAGAGCUGUGGGGGAUAAGAGCUGACUACCUCAAGAGUUCGAAGCGAGGGUAGAAAGAAACACGAAUCAUGUCGCAGUAAAACAAACGAAAGAAAGUCGAGUCAGGAGUCUUAUGAGCAUCUUCUUUCCUUGCACAAGCAUCCCACAUUGUACAAACAGACUUGUAUUUUCGCUUUGCCAAAGGUUGAUUCCCAUUUUUGGGGCAUUGUAUCAUUGGCUUGACUGCUCGAUACAGAAGCUUGGCUGUCUAUGGUUACAUUAUUCUUAGCCUUCAAGCAAGCUUUGGAUUCUCGUUGUCUCUAGUUUGGCCAAAGCUCAUUUUGCAGUCAAUUAGAGCCAAUAUUGUUAAGUACCAAAACCAAUUUGAUAAGUUAUUACAUUUAAUACGAAUUGUCUGAGUCGCGAACAAAUCAGUCGUCC